AUGACAUCGUCAUUCAACGAAACCCUCUAUCGAGAGCAGCUUGAACUAGAGGCUCGGGCAAAGUUCGAGAAUAAUCAAGGAAUUUCGUUUGGCCCUUAUGUAUUUGGGUAUGCCGCAGAUGGAUUUGCAUUCGGCUUGCUGGCUUUGCAAGUGCUACAAUGGUAUACUAUGUCUCAUGCUACGGAAAGGAAGACAAUUAGGAUCUUAGUCUGGUGGACACUCUUUAUCAGUACAGGCUAUACAGUCCUUUCAGCCAGAUGGAUGAUCAACCUCUUCGCGUUCGGUUUUGACGUGUAUAGAAACUUUUUCAAUUUUAGUUGGGUAUCAACCUUUUUCCUGUUGGACGGCUUGAUACAGACUCCAAUCACCGCCUUUUUCGCGCAUCGGGCUCAUGUGCUCUUAGGCAGACCCAAAUGGUUCCUAUUCACGAUCAUACCGUCAUUACUUGUGACGUUUUCAACCUGCCUGGCAUUGAAAAUCAAAGCUCCACCCAUUGCCACAGACCGAUUGUCGGAAAGGAGCCGUCUUUUCACUGGUCUCCUGCUGUCAUGGCUCGUUCUCACUGUCUUCAUCGAUCUGAUAGUGACAGGAGCGAUAUGCUGGUCGCUCUUGAUGAGGAAGUCGGCCGUGAAGAUCUUUGAGACCACAGAUGGCUGGAUCAAAAAGUCGCUCAUCGUGUUUCUGGAAGCUCAGGUGGCCCCGACAAUAUUUUCUGUCUGCUUCCUUAUUGCAUUUGCUGCUAUUCCUCAGUGGAACCUCUCUGCGUUCUUCUUGUGCACGCCUAAAGUAUACGCUGUAUCUUUUCUCGGUAUAUUGAACGUAAGGCAUUUCCUCAGGAGAGAUUUAGCACCACAAGGAGUAUUUUACAUUAACCGACCAGUAUUUCCUCGACUCGCUUCGUACAAGUCUGCCUUUGCAGCCAAGAUGAAUUUGCAGGCUCAACCUCCGAAACGGUUUCCCGCUCAAUACCGUUCUGCCAAUGGAACCGAAACUGAGAUUCACGUAGAAACGGAGACUAUACAAGAGACAUAUCAUUUGCAACCGUACCCUAUUAAACGAUCCAUUAACCGAGAUCCUACAUAUGAGACUUCCUCUGAAAUCGAGGAUUUGUCGCUGGAACAGGAACUGGUGGAAGAAUUGGGAGAUAUCUUGCUGCAAGAUCAGAUAGAAACGAUAGAUAUCGGACCUGAGAUACCGAGGCAAAGGGGGAAACCUUUGUCAUCAGCAUUAGAAUAA